CCCGCCUUUCCGGGCCGGGGCUUGGCCACGGGGCCGCCCCUCCCGCGCUCCGGGCCCGCGCUCCUUCCCUGACGGCGCUGGAGGGCCCGGCGGUGCGGCCCGGGCGGCCCGGAGACCCAUGGCGCUGCCCGCCUGGCUGCAGCCCAGGUAUAGGAAGAACACCUAUCUUUUCAUCUACUACUUAAUCCAGUUCUGUGGCCACUCAUGGAUAUUUACCAAUAUGACAGUCCGAUUCUUUUCAUUUGGAGAAGAUUCCAUGGUCGACACUUUUUAUGCUAUUGGUCUUGUGAUGCGCCUUUGCCAAUCCAUUUCCCUCCUGGAGUUGCUGCACAUAUGUCUUGGCAUUGAACCAAACCAUCUGCUGCCUAGGUUUCUGCAGCUCACCGAGAGAAUAAUCAUCCUCUUUGUGGUGAUCACCAGUCAAGAGGAAGUUCAAGAGAAAUAUGUGGUGUGUGUUUUAUUCAUCUUUUGGAAUCUGUUGGAUAUGGUUAGGUACACUUACAGCAUGCUAUCAGUCAUAGGAAUAUCCUAUGCGGUCUUGACCUGGCUCAGUCAAACACUGUGGAUGCCGAUUUAUCCUCUGUGUGUUCUUGCUGAAGCAUUUGCCAUCUAUCAGUCACUGCCUUAUUUUGAAUCAUUUGGCACUUAUUCCACAAAGCUGCCCUUUGACUUAUCCAUCUAUUUCCCGUACGUGCUGAAAAUCUAUCUCAUGAUGCUCUUCAUAGGAAUGUAUUAUACCUACAGCCAUCUUUACUCAGAAAGAAGAGACGUUCUCAGAGUCUGUCCCAUGAAAAAGAAGAAAAUGUGAAGCACAGCAUUCCGAUGUGACAUAAGAAAAAAAGGCUUGUGGAUUCAGCUGCAACAGACAACACAGGAAACAUUCUGUGGGAAAAAUACCUGGUACUUGACACAAAUCCAUGACAUAAUUGUUCUCCUUGAGACAAAGCCCAGCAGUCUGUUAUCCUCACAUUAUUUUCCAAACACAUAUUCUGCACAACCUACUUCACCAAAGCUGUGGAUUUAAUACAGGUUAAAUUUAUUUUCCUGUAAGGUAAUGAGAAAUCAUUAACUGGAAUGGAUUCCAUUAAAUUAAGAAACCAAAGUUGUUA